UCGAAUUCGAAUGUGCGCUUCCCCCUCUCGUCCUCCGAGCAGGGUUCCACCUCGUCGUCGUUGCCUCCGUCCCUGGACCCUGGACGUCGGUGCUGCCUCCAUGCGUGGACGUCGGUGUUGCCUCCAUGCUUGGACGUCGGUGCUGCCUCCGUGCUUGGACGUCGGUGCUGCCUUCGCGCCUCGUCGUCGCCGCUGCCUUCGCGCCUCGUCGUCGUCGCUGCAUGCUGCUUCGCCAUCGCUCCUCCUCGACGUCGUCUGCAUCGUGAGAAGCGAGAAACCGAGAAUCGAAGAGGAGGAGGAGGAGGAGGAGGAGGAGGAGGAGGGAAUGUUGAUGGUAGGUGGAGGAGGAGGAGAAGGGUUGGACACGUGGCUACAGAGGGAGAUGUUCAACGAGAAGAGGAGGGGGAGGACCAAAGAAGGAGGAGGAGGAGGAGAGUUCGAAACGGAAGAAAGGGGGAAUUGGGGCUGGGGCGCCACGUGGGUAUUGGAGGAGGGGGAGAGGGAUGACAGCGUCUUGAUUGGGGGGACUGUGCUGGGGCACCACGUGGCGAGAAAGGGAGAAGGGAAGAGGAGAAGGAGCAGGAGGAGGAGCAAAGAAGAGGAGGAGGAGGAGGACGACGAGGACGAGGACGGGAUCUUGAUGUUCAUGAUGGUGGCACCAGGCGAGAGCAGCAGUAGUGCAGGCAAGGACAAAGUGAAGGCAGGUGCACCCAAAAAUCAGCCACCGUUCGAGGCCCAACCAGACGAAAAGCAGGAGGCGUUGCAGAAGGAGAACAUCGUGUACAAGUGGAUAGUGUGGGGGCAGGCAGCAGAGCCAAAAUGGUACCGCCAGUAUUGGGUCCGCUGCAAGCUCUGCCACCAGCAGUUCACUGCGUCCUCCACCCGAGCGAUGGAACACUUCCUGCGGAAGGGGAAGCCUUGUCCAUACAAGAACGGGGAGAUCCUGCAUCUCCUAGCACUGAGGGGAGGGAAGAUUGAGGGGGAGGCUGCAAAGAAGAUGGUCCAUCAGUAUCGUGUACAGAAAGGGAUUGCAGAGGAUACAGGGAUGGAGCCGACUGGUGCAUUGGCGACAGGCAAAUCAGAUGAGAUGGAAGAGCUUCUAAGGCCGCCGCCUGCGCCUGGGAGAGAAGUGCAGGUUGAAGGGCAAGCAGCGGUAGGAGCCCCUGUGGAGGACACACAAGACAAAAUAGUCCCUCCAACAGCGGGGCCCUCCUUCCAAGCCUCCACAUCUGGGUCAAAGGAUUGGGUGUUGAAGGAGAUGAUGGAGAGGGGUUGGAACAACAUCCAUUGGAGCACAAGGAAGCUCCGUCGAAAGGCGGAACGRAUAUUCCUCACGGUCCGUUCCGACGAAUGGUGGAUCGAGGUGCAGCGAAUAGUMAGUGUCAUGCGGCYUGUGAACGAGUUGCUGCGUAGGAUGGACCGCGACGGCGUUGCACCCUCACAAUUGUGGGGGUUUGGGGAGCUUUUGGAGAAGCGGUUGCGCACGAUCUUCGGCCUCACGGAGGAGCAGCGGCAGGACGUCAUGGCGAUURUUCAUGAUCGAUGCAAGAUGAUGAGGCAGCCUGCGCAUGCUGCUAACUUCUUGCUGGCGCCGAACAGGAGGGACCCUCGCUGGGUGUUGGACAAGGACAGUCUUUUGGUGCAAAAUGCCAUCAAGUACUUCGUGACGCAGCUCGGAGGGGAGACGUGGGGUUCGGAGCAGUCCCACGUUAACGUGUGGCAAAGCUUGUGGGCGUUUCAUUACGAGUCUCCGACGAAGGAGGAGCGUGCAAAGGAGCCCAUGUGGGAUGGCUUUGGCAUGAAUGAGGAGGAGGUGUUGCGACAGGCAAGAUUGAGGAAGACCCCCAAGGGAAGGGUUCCCAUCGGUACGUCUUCGGACGUAUCGGACUACUCCUCGAGCGAAGAGGAGAUCAUUUGGAGUGGGAAGAGGAAGGAACAGCCGCCACGAAGUGUGAAGGGCAAGGAGAAGAUGACAAUGGAGGGAGAAGACGAUGAGGUGGAUGAGGUGGAUGAGGUGGAUGAGGUGGACGAGGAGGCGUAUGCGGAUGUUGAUGAUGAUGAUGAUGAUGACCCAGACUAUGCGUUCUAAAGCCGCGGGCUCAGUGAGGAGGACGAGCAAGACAGGGUAUGCGGUGUUCAUAACUGUCCUCCCCCUCCUCCAACCACUGGCAUCGUGGACUUGGAGGCCGAGGGAGCCUCACAUGAUGACCGAGAAAGGGCUGCGGCAAAGGCCCUUGCGCAAAGAGACUGGGCAGAAGUGCAGAAGCGCAUCGAGGAGGACAAUGCAAAGCGCUUGGCAGUGCCACGUCCGGGGUCGCUUUCGGAGCUUAGCAUGCCUCCACCAG